AUGCCCAGGCCUGCAGACGGGAAAGAGAGGGCGGAGGGCGGAGGGAUCCCAUCGGUGUCUGCCAUGCCAUGCCACCUUCUCCUGUCUGUGUGUGUCUGCCCGGGCUCCAGUUCAGAGGACCGGACAGGCGCGAGCCUAAACCGUUUCAAGCAACGGCUCGAUGUUGUGGAUGCGGCCGCGUAUGCCUCGCAGGCCCGCGGGCGGGAACAGGCUCGGGCGCCAAGCCCCUCUCAGGCGACACAGGCGCUAAACGGCGCCGUAGGGCAGCCUGGCGUCAUUCCUCACAUGCCGGCGGUGAUCACUGUGACCUGGGUGAGGUAG